UCUGGGCUUCUGAGAGUGAAUCAGAGGGUGGGGCUAAGAAAAGGGAGGUGCUAGAAUUUUUAAAGAAGAUUUCUACAGUUAUAAGUUACUUAACUCAGCCACAAUCGCUUACAGAAGGAGCCACUUGCCAGUUCUGCUCGUGUGGAAGAAAACAAGGUUUUCCCAAUGGACUCUCUAGUGAAAUCAAUCAACCGAUUUGCCCUGGAUUUUAGCAAAAAGAUAGCUGAAUCUGCUGAGGGCAAAAAUAUUUUCUUUUCUCCUUGGGGCAUCUCAACCUCCUUGGCCAUGGUGUAUUUUGGCACCCAGGGUACCACUGCAGCCCAGAUAGCCCAGGUGCUUCAAUUCAGAGACCAGGACAACAAAUCUUGUCCUGAAAGUGAAAAGAAAAGAAAGAUGGAAUUCGGUUUGGGCAAGGUUGAAGAAAUACACUCUCACUUCCAGGCACUCAUCUCGGAAAUCAACAAUCCCAGCAAUGCUUACACUCUUAAAACAGCCAAUGCGAUAUAUGGAGAGCAAACUUACCCAUUUCACACCAAAUAUUUAGAAGACAUGAAAACAUACUUUGGUGCGGAGCCACAGUCUGUUAACUUUGUGGGAGCUUCUGGACAAAUCCGAAAGGAGAUCAACUCUUGGGUCGAAAGCCAGACUGAGGGAAAAAUUGUGAAUCUCCUACCUGAUGAUGCUGUGAAUUCUGCAACCAGAAUGGUUCUGGUGAACGCCCUGUACUUUAAAGGAAUCUGGGAACAUCAAUUCUUAGUCCAAAAUACCACAGAAAAGCCUUUCAGAAUAAACAAGAGUGUAAGCAAACCAGUGCAAAUGAUGUCCAUGAAAACAAAACUCCAAGCUUUUCACAUUGAAGAGCCACAGGCCAUGGGCCUCCAACUCUACUAUAACAGCCGUGACCUUAGCCUGCUCAUCCUGUUGCCAGAAGAUAUCGAAGGACUGGAUCAGCUGGAAAAGGCCAUCACCUAUGAGAAGCUGAGCGGUUGGACCAGCGCAGACAUGAUGGAGCUGUGUGAAGUGCAGCUGUAUCUCCCCAAGUUCACGCUCCAAGAGACCUAUGACCUCAAGUCGACCCUGAGCAGUAUGGGCAUGAGCGACGCCUUUAACCAGGGCAAAGCUGAUUUCUCAGGAAUGUCUAUGGACAGAAACUUAUUUCUGUCCAAUGUUUUCCACAAGUCUUUUGUAGAAAUAAAUGAACAAGGUACAGAGGCUUCAGCUGGCACUGGGAGUGAGGUGAGUUUUCGAAGCAGACUCCCCUCCGUUGAAUUUAAUGCGAAUCACCCAUUCCUCUUCUUCAUCAGGCACAACAGAACCAAUAGCAUCCUCUUUUACGGGAGAUUCUGCUCCCCCUAAACCAUGUAUCUCUCUCACCAAAUGAGACCAUUUUACAGUGUGGAAAGUGCACCAAAAGAGGAAAAAACACAAUUAUAAUAAAAAUCAGCUUAUAGCUCGUAUCUUUUUCACAGUCAAAUGUUAGCCGAUAAGCCUUGAAAUAAUGCAUUCUAGUGAUUUUUUUCAUACCUAUACAGCCAUUUUUACCACUUAACAUUUUGUCUUGAUGUGACUUUUAUUUACAUUUCAGAAGUGCUAUGUUAUUCAAUUGAGCGUCUUACCAUUUCGGAACUCCUUGGUCACUGUAUUAUCAGUGUCACUUAUGGUUCACAUGCCUCAUUGAGUGAAGAAAAAUCUUCACAAAGGUGAUAUAUGGAUAAGCCAGAAUUUUCUCAGGAGUGUAAUUUUGAUAGUUCAGAAACUACUGCUGUAAAAUGAAGCUCCCACCCUUUCUGCAGAGUGUUUAAGAAAAAAAUACUUAUGUUGACAUUAAUGGAAAAGCCAGUGAAAUCCAAACGAAAUAUGGAGAUUAGUUAUUAACAAUUAAUUGCCGUCUUAGUUUGAACAAAUGUAUAAUGAUAAUGUUAGGUGUUAGUACUGGGGAAAAUGUGUUAGUAGUACACAGAAUUCCCUGUAUUAUCUUUGCAACUUUGCUGUGAAUGGAAAAGUGUUCAAAAAUAAACAUUUCAUGAAGAAUAA